AGGGUGUUAACGUGCAUCACAAUUUGGGAGCCGAAAGAUAUCAAGCUCUCUUAAAUGAUACCAGAAGCUAUUGGCUCCUUGUUACACUACUGCUCCAAAAUCAAAGCAUUGAGGCAUGGCCUUUACCUUCAUGCCGCUGCUUUAAAAACUGGUAUGCUAUCUGACGUUGUUGUGUCCAACCAUGUUCUAAAUAUGUAUGCAAAAUGCGGCAAGAUCACUUAUGCUCGCCAGCUGUUUGAUGAGAUGUCUGAAAGAAACCUUGUUUCUUGGUCAGCUAUGAUUUCUGGUUACGACCAAGUUGGACAGCCUUUAUUGGCAUUUGACUUGUUUUCUCAAAUGCGGCUUGUGCCCAAUGAAUAUGUACUUGCCAGUGUUAUUAGUGCAUGUGCUAGCCUUAUGGCAUUGGUUCAAGGCCAACAAAUUCAUGCUCAAUCUUUGAAGUUUGGCAGUGCAACUAUUUCUUUUGUUUCCAAUGCACUCAUAUCAAUGUACAUGAAAUGUGGUCAGUGUAAUGAUGCUUUAUGUGUCCAUGAUGAGGCAUCUGAGCUUAAUGCUGUCUCUUAUAAUGCUUUGAUUGCUGGAUUUGUGGAAAACCAGCAACCUGAGAAGGGAAUUGAAGUUUUUAAACUGAUGCACCAUAAGGGUUUUGUUCCUGAUAAAUAUACUUUUGCUGGGAUGUUGGGAAUCUGCAACAGUUCUGAUGAUUUUUGGAAAGGAACACAAUUGCACUGCCAAGCGAUCAAACUUAAAAUUGACUCUUCUGCUUUUAUUGGAAAUGUGAUAGUAACCAUGUACUCAAAGUUUAAUUUGAUAGAAGAAGCAGAGAAGUCCUGUAGAGUAAUUGAAGAGAAAGAUUUGAUUUCAUGGAAUACCUUGAUCACUGCUUGUUCUCGUUGUAAAGAUUAUAAAAAGGCUUUAAGUGUUUUCAAAGAGAUGUCAAAUGAAAAUUGCGUGCAGCCUGAUGACUUUACAUUUGCCGGUGUCCUUGCUGCCUGUGCUGGACUCGCAUCAAUACGGCAUGGGCAGCAGAUUCAUGCUAAUAUGAUCAGGACAAGACAGUACCAAGACGUUGGAGUUGGUAAUGCCCUUGUCAACAUGUAUGCCAAAUGUGGUUCCAUUAGAAAUGCAUACGACACAUUCAGCAGGAUGCUCCAUCGCAAUCUUGUUUCAUGGAAUACCAUCAUUGCUGGAUUUGGAAAUCAUGGGCUUGGUGUAAAUGCCAUUGAACAUUUUGAGAUGAUGAAGACUCUGGGUGUAAAGCCAGAUUCUGUUACAUUUGUUGGAUUAUUAGCAGCUUGCAAUCAUGCAGGGCUGGUGGAAGAGGGCCAACUUUACUUUAAUUCUAUGGAAGAGACCUAUGGGAUUUCCCCUGAUCUAGAGCACUUUUGUUGUAUUAUUGAUUUGUUGGGAAGGUCAGGGAGAUUAAAAGAGGCAGAAGAGUACAUGAAAAAACUUCCUUUUGGACAUGAUCCUAUUGUUUUAGGGAGUAUGCUUUCUGCAAGUCGGCUGCAUGGAGAUGUUGUUAUUGGAGAGCACUUAGCUAGACAGCUUCUAAAACUUCAGCCUGUUACUACCUCACCUUAUGUUUUAUUGUCAAACUUGUAUGCUGCAAAUGAAACAUGGGGUGGUGUUGCUGAGGCAUGGAAGAUGUUGAAAGGUAGUGGAUUGAAGAAAGAACCCGGCCAUAGUCUGAUUGAUGUAAUGGGAAUUUUUGAGAAGUUUAAAAUGGCAGAUUUUUCACAUCCAAGGAUUGAGGAAAUAAAAGACAUACUCGAAACUUUGAAUUGGGCAGUGAAUGAAGUUUCUUCAAAUCAUUGAAGGUAGUAACUAGAUUACUUUUUAUUUUCAGUUGCAACUCUUCCUAAACUUUUAUGUGCAUCAAAAUUGAAUCUAUCACGAGCUUUGGUAUGAAAAGGGCCCAGUCUAUGUAUGUCUACAGAUCAUUAACAUGAGAUGUGUCAAUGAAUGAACAAGAUACCUCCUCAAGUUGUAGAUAAAAAUAUGGAUCCUUAUUUGCCCCUGAAGUACUGGGAAAUAGAAGCCAGGUGGUUGGUGUGCUACUAAUGAUGGUUCUUUGAUCCUGAAACCAGUGGAGUUGAUCAAAUGAUGCCUGCCUGCCAAGUAUAUGUGCAGCUGAUAUUGGUUAACACUUCAUAAGAAAGUAAAACAAUGCUGAAGGUAAUCACGGGAGUCUUUACAGAGGUAGAUAGUGAACUAAAUCUACAUUGGCAGUCAGUGCCAGAGACUUCUCUAGAGUUUUCAUCUCUAAUCCAGAAGUAAAAUGGUGGGCUGCUCGCCUUCCAACAUGCCUCCAUCAUGAGGAAGCAUGUUGGUCUGCCAUUCGAUUGCUCCGCUUUGAACAUCUAGCUUUGCGGCACUGCCUCAGAAAGUACAGCAUUGAAUAGUUGGUCUGAUCAAGGGUGUUCAACUGGAGCCUCUCAUAUUCUGGAUGUGGAUGGAUUAGAUACACAGGAUGUUACGAUUAGGUGAUCAAUGCUUGAGGACAUGGAUCUAGCCGAGUACGCCAAACAAGCCACCCAGCUGACUGAGCGACAGCAGCAGGCCCAUAAAUUGGAACAAUGAAGGGGCUAGUGGCAAUUGUUGGGGUUCUUGUCACUGUUAAUUGACUGAGGUUCUGCUUCCAUAUUGGAGCACCUGUAAAACCAUUAACAGCAUACAAUUAUUCAUUCCAUGAUGGGAAAUAGACUAUGCUAUUGGCUACUGAUGGAGUUAGCUAUGUCUUUACCGGCAAAGGAAGUCCAUUUUAAAUGGGUUUUUUGACUGUCAAUCGGUUGAUUACCACCUCCUCAUAGGCACUUCUUGUUUUGCUGAUAUCUGCUCUGUGAUUUAGCCACUGAAAACACAGGAAAUGUUAGAACGUUACCUUUGAAAUGAGUUUAAUUUGUGUUGACAGGUGAAUCAAA